AUGGAUCUGAUCCCAAACUUUACCAUGGAAACCUGGGUUCUCCUGGGAAUCAGCCUGGUGCUCCUCUAUCUAUAUGGGACCUAUUCACAUGGAUAUUUUAAGAAGCUGGGAAUUCCAGGGCCAACACCUCUGCCUUUUUUGGGAACUAUUCUUAAUUAUCGCCAGGGUUUGUCUAAUUUUGACACAGAAUGUUAUAAAAAGUAUGGAAAAACAUGGGGCCUAUAUGAUGGUCGACGGCCUGUUUGGGUUAUUACGGAGCCAAGCAUUAUCAAAACAGUUCUCAUCAAUGAAUGUUAUUCUGCCUUCACUAACCGGCGGAAUUUUGUUCCAGUGGGAUUUAUGAAAAAAGCCAUCUCUUUGUCUGAGUAUGAGGAGUGGAAGAGAAUAAGAACACUUCUGUCUCCAACCUUAACCAGUGGAAAACUCAAGGAGAUGUUCCCCAUCAUUAACCAGUAUGGAGAUGUGUUGGUGAAAAACAUGAGACUGGACUCAGAGAAGGGCAAGUUUAUCAACUUGAAAGACAUCUUUGGUGCCUACAGCAUGGAUGUGAUUACUGUAACAUCAUUUGGAGUGAACAUCGAUUCCCUGAACAACCCACAAGAUUCCUUUGUGGAGAAAGUCAAGAAGCUCUUAAAAUUUGAUUUCUUUGACCUUUUGCUUCUCUUAAUAACAAUCUUUCCAUUCCUUACUCCAAUUAAUGAGGCAAUGAAUAUCUCUCUAUUUCCAAAGGAUGUCACAAAUUUUUUAAAGAAAGCUAUAAAGAAAAUGAAAGACAGUCGCCUUCAAGAGAAACAACAGGUAAAAGUGGAUUUUCUUCAGCUUAUGAUAAAUUCUCAGAAUUCCAAAGAUGUGGAGUCUCAUAAAGUCCUGUCUGAUCUGGAGCUUGUGGCUCAAUCAAUUAUCUUCAGUUUUGCUGGCUAUGAGACCACUAGCAGUUCUCUUUCCUUCAUUUUGUAUGAACUGGCUACCCAUCCUGAUGCCCAGACCAAACUGCAGCAGGAGAUUGAUGCGGCUUUGCCCAAUAAGGAUUCUGCCCUUGGGGCCACCUUGGGUCCUGGAAUACAGGACCUCUCAGGAGCUGUAGCAGUGGAUGCAGAGAAGGGAGGACAAUGUUUCUGCCUCUUAGAACAGGGUGUUGCUGUUAUGUGA